AUGGAGAUCGCGCCUUCCAACACGAAUAAAGUAUCAGUAGCAGCGGCCGCCAUCAAUGAUCAAGAAUUCAGCCCUGAACUUUUGCGAUUCUUCUACAACCGCCUCUUCCCUUAUCAACCCAUGUUUAAAUGGCUUUCCUACGGAAAUGAUCCUGACAAUGAUGCUGCCCAUAUCGUCCGGGAUUACUUCGCCUGUCGUGAAUUUUCCUUUACGAUAAAUGAUGACAUCUACAUACGAUAUCAAUCAUUCCGGGAUGCCUCCGAAAUGGAGUCAGCGAUACAGAAGAAACAACCUCACAAAAUAGACAUAGGGGCCGUGUUUACGCUGCCUCCCAAAGAUCAUCACACUGUUAAAGCAGAGGCCUUCAAACCCGUGGAACGCGAGCUCAUUUUCGACAUCGACAUGACAGACUACGACGACAUCCGAAGCUGUUGCACAGGGGCCAAAAUUUGUCCCAAGUGCUGGGUCUUCAUGACCAUGGCCGUGAAAGUCGUGGACACCGCCUUACGGGAGGAUUUCGGGUUUCGAUAUAUUUUGUGGGUGUACUCCGGUCGGCGCGGCGUGCAUUGUUGGGUGUGCGAUCCCAACGCCCGUGCCUUGUCGAACGAUGGGCGUAGCGCCGUGGUGGAAUACUUGUCGUUGCCGCGGGGAAACGAGAAGAGCAAGGGGAAGAACGGGGGGUUGUCCUGGCCCCUCCAUCCGUCCUUUACGCGGGCUUUUGACAUCUUGGAGCCCAUGUUCGAGUCAGGGGUCCUUGGGGAGGCAGGACAGGGGGUGUUGGACUCAGAGAAUUCGUGGGACACCCUUUUGGACACGCUCCCCGACGAAGACCUGGCCAACCGGCUUCGAAGGGAAAUGCGACGCUUGACCAACGCGCAGGACCGAUGGCUCGAGAUCAAAUCCCAGGUGCGCGCGGCAAGUUCUGCCCAUGCCAGUGGAAACGCCCGCCGGCAGAGUCGUGGUGGCCGGGCAGGGAACGGUCUCUUCGCCCUCGACCUGUGGAAGUACGAGGUGGUUUUCCAGUAUUGCUACCCUCGGUUGGACGUGAACGUGUCGAAGGGCACCAACCACUUGCUCAAAUCGCCCUUCGCGGUCCACCCGAAGACGGGACGUGUGUGCGUGCCCAUUGAUCCCGAGGAUGUGGACAAUUUCGACCCAUUUCGGGUCCCCACGCUGAAGGCCUUGGCCGCGCAGAUUGACGCCUACGAUGCCCAGAAUGCUCAAAAUGCAUCGGCCAAAGCACUGCCCGAUUACAAAAAAACGGAGCUGAAAAGCGCCGUGGAGCUGCUGGAGCGAUGUGUGGUGGAUCCUGUGGCCCUGGCUACGAAGAGGCGAUUGAAACUGGAGAGGGAGAAGGAGGCUGCCAUGAUCGGAGACUUCUACCCCUGA